AUGAUCCCACUGGGUGAAUUCAGAAACCUCGGCACAGAGCAGUCCUCACAGUAUCGUGUCCUGAAGCCUUGGUGGGAUGUUUUCUCAGAGUACCUGUGCGUUGCUAUGCUUAUGAUUGGAGUCUUUGGGUGCACCUUGCAGCUCACCCAAGACAAGAUUGCGUGCCUGCCCAGUCCUUUCACCAGCCCAACACCCGAGGUAAUUGACUGCAGCCACAUCCGUACCUAUGGUGAGAAUGAAACAUGGGAGCACAAGCCCAUGAGCCCCAUCGUGCGGGAGGUGGUUGGUCGCAAGAACAACCUGGACAUCCACCAGUACGUGUUUGUCAACCACUACUGCUAUGAGAGAUUUGUGCACUGGUAUGCAAAGUACUUCCCCUACCUCGUUGUGAUCCACACUAUGGUCUUCAUGGUAGCAAGCAGCUUUUGGUUCAAGUUCCCUGGGACAUCCUCAAAAAUUGAACUCUUUGUCACCAUCCUUGGGAAAUGCUUUGAUUCACCCUGGACCACAAGGGCCUUGAGUGAAGUUUCUGAGGAAAGAGGAGAAGAGAAAUUAGUUAGUUGGAGGAGGAACACCAUGUCAAAAGACUCCACAGAUCGACGAGCAGAGGAGGAGGAGACUGUAGGGCUUCUUCGAUCCUCCUCUGUCAAGUCUAAUCAAGAAAAGAAAAUUCCAGAGCCUCAGUCAGCCGCCUCUGUCUUGGAUAAAAAGGAAGGCGAGCAGGCCAAGGCUUUGUUUGAAAAGGUGAAAAAGUUCAGAACUCAUGUAGAAGAGGCGGACCUCUUGUAUAUCAUGUAUGUGCAACAAACAUCAAUUAAAGUCUUUAAGUUUGUUUUAAUCAUCAUCUACACUGCAGCACUGGUUCCAAACAUUGAGAUAGUGGUGCGCUGUUUGGUUCCUCCUGAACUGACUGGUUUUGAUAUCUAUUGCUGCAACCACAACAAAGCCCAUCUUUUCUCUAAGCUUGCCUACUGCUAUAUCUGCUUUGUGGGAGUGUAUGGACUUCUUUGUAUCUAUACCCUCUACUGGCUGUUCCAUCGACCUCUGAAGGAGUACUCCUUUGAGCAAGUCAGACUGGAGACGGGGAUUAAUGACAUACCAGAUGUUAAGAAUGACUUUGCGUUCCUCCUGCACCUCGUGGACCAAUAUGAUGCUCUUUAUUCUAAAAGAUUUGCUGUCUUUCUCUCUGAGGUCAGUGAGAGCCGUCUCCAUCAGCUCAACCUCAACUACGAGUGGACCGCCAAAAAGCUGCGUACUCGUCUGUCCAAGAAUGCAAAUGACCGGUUGGAGCUCCACCUGUUAAUGUUGCCGGGGCUUCCUGACACAAUCUUUGAGAUUCCUGAGGUGCAAUCACUCAAACUGGAGCAAGUAAAAAAUGUCACCAUCUCAGCCAGUGUGGCAAAGUUCGAGUCUCUGCAGGAGUUAUCACUGAUUUACUGUCCUGCAAAGCUCCAGCUGCCUGCCCUGAACCAUCUCAAGGAAAAUUUAAAGGUCCUGUGUGUAGCUUUUGAAAGUGUAGAAGAGGUGCCUUUGUGGAUGUACAGCUUGCAUGGGCUAGAAGAGUUACAUCUGAAUGGUCCAUUAACCAAUGAAGUGUCCCGAGGCGCCACCCUAGACUCCUUUCGAGAGCUUAAAGCGCUGAGAGUCCUUACUCUGCGCUCCAACCUCACAAAGAUCCCACCCAGCGUUGCCGAUGUUGCAACGCAGUUGCAGCGUUUGUGCAUCCAUAACGAAGGCAGCAAGCUCCAAGCUUUCAGCAGCCUGAAGAAGUUAACCAACCUAGUCUCACUGGAGUUAGUGGGCUGCGGUUUGGAGCGCAUCCCGAGUGCUGUCUUCAGCCUGAACAAUCUGCAGGAGUUGGACCUCAAAGAAAACAAACUUACCACUGUGGAGGAGAUUCUGAGUCUACAGCACUGCCGGCGUUUAGUGACACUCCGACUGUGGCACAACAAAAUCACUUACAUCCCCGACCACAUCAGUAAGCUCCACACCCUGGAGACACUGGAUAUCAGCUGGAACAAGCUGCGAAAACUUCCCUCUCGACUAUUCUAUUGCACCAAGCUCAGGCACCUCGAUGUUUCCCACAACCAGAUCACCACGCUUCCUCCUGAAGUGGGCAUCCUGCAGGGCCUCCAGGUUUUCUCCGCUGCAUUCAACUCUUUAGAGAUGCUGCCAGAGGAGCUGUUCUCCUGUAAAAGGUUAAAGAUGUUGGCUCUCGGAAACAACUGCUUGUCGUACCUUAGCUCCAGAGUGGCCAACUUGGCUCAGCUGGUCCGCCUAGAGAUCAAAGGGAACCGUCUGGAGUCUCUACCAGUGGAGAUAGUGGACUGUGUCCUGCUGACUCUCAAUGGGCUGAUAGUAGAGGACAACCUGCUGGAUCUGCUGCCAUCAGAUGUACGCAGCAGGUUGAGUAAUGGGUGA